AUGCACCACGCACUCACCAUCUUCAAGCUCCUCGUUACCGCGACUGCCGUCCUGGGAGGCCAAUCGUUCGUGGAAAACUGCGAUCAAUACAUCAUCGAACGAGUAGAUGGUAAUCAGACAAUACCCUGUGAGGUAGGGACUGUUCCGCCGACCGCCAACGACAAGUCGCCAAUCCUUUUCGUUGGUCAAGGAGCCAGUGUGAACUACGAUGGCUUCGACGACCGUCCUGAUAAUCAAUACGUCUUCAAUAACCCAUACGCCGCACCGGGUUCCAUCGAUGUUUACGCCUCAUUGGAUCUAACAGACGAAUAUAUUCACUUCAGAUUUCCGAAAGGGAGGACGUGUGUUCCUAAUUAA